CCCUCUUAGCUCCGCCCCGCUGGGGCCACCGCUCUGCCGGGUGUGCGGGCAAAACCCACCAGCUUCCUCCUCCUCCUCCUCCUCCUCCUCCUCUCCCCCUUCAGCAGCAGCAGCAGCAGCAGCAACCUUGGGGCUCCUAUGGCAACCAGCCUGCGCGUGCCGCUCGCCUGGGCGCGGCUGGCAGGAGCAAGCCGGAGCAGCCGCCGAGGACGAGACAUGCGAGCGUCGACCGGGGAACCGCCGGAGACCAAAGCGGGGGACUCCGGGAACCGGAUCUACGGCGAGAGCAACGAUGGGGGGCAACCCUGGAAGAAGUUUGUGUAUGUUGAACCACCAAGGAGAGUGAGGGAAGUCCUUGAGGAAGAGAUGUAUUUCCAGAGGGAUGAGUGCAGAAUCAGACACCCUUCAGAAGUGGCUCUGGAAAGAAUUUGGAGCUUGAAAAGAAAUUUUCCCGUGGGAGCCUUCAACCCAGCAUCACAGAAUCAAAGCUGCUUCCUUUCUCAACCUUACUACUCCAGGCAUGCCGUCAUAAGAAGAUAGUCAUUCUGAAAAAUUGAAUCUCCUCUGAUGGAAGUCACGGAAGAAAAGGAAAUCUAUGGCUGUCACAUUUAUCCGAACAUAGACAACUAUAUUUUAGUAUUUAUAAAGUUGCUUAUAAAAUAAAAUUUGAAGCUAUGCACCUGCCAACCAGUGUAUCUAAGAUGAUCAUCUAUGUCUAUGACUUAGUUCACUACCAAAUAAUUCACUAUUUAUAACAAAAACAAAAACAAAAAUAAAAACGUCCCAUUUCUCCAGA